AUUCAAUUGCGACAUAGUCAGUCCCUGUUAUAAAUUACGCCCAAGCCGCCUUUUUGUCUUUCUUCCUUUGUAUAUACAUCCUUUGUUGAACAUUAAUAAUCCAUUGAAAAGGAUUCUUUCAUUGUUUUCCUUUUUCUUUUUCUUUUUUUUUUUUUUAUCUCUCUCUAAUUUUUUUUUUUCAUCAAUCUCUUUCUCUUUCCUUUCCUUUUCUUGUUUUGUUUUUUCUGCUUGUUGAAUCAGGUAAACGAAGAUUGUCAUAUUAUCGUCCUUGUUCAUUUCGUUUCGAAAAAGUCCAUCGUUCACAGAAAAGCACAAAGGUUUUGUUUGCCUGUAUUGCUUUUUCUUCUUCUUUCUUCAUUCUCCAUUUACUCUUAUUUUUAUUUUUAUUCUUAUUAUUCUUUUUAUUUUUUUAUUUUUUUUUUUUUUGAACCCAGAUGAAGAAUUGUCUCUUCAUUUCAAUUCAUCUAUAAAAUGCCCAGAGGAUUUAAUCAACAUCAAAAUGAUUUUUCAAAAGAGUCCAACUCAUCCUCCGAAACUCCUAACCAGCCAACGUGGUAUUCCAACAGCCCUUUUGUUGCUUCAUCCACAGUAGAGCGAGUCGGUCACUCUGUUGCACAGGACAGUGAUAGUGAAGUGGAGGAUGCUUCCAGCCUGAAUAGCAAUCAAGACAAGAAUAAAAAUGUACAUGAACAAAUCAAGGGCGGAGGCUCCAUUCAUUCAACGAACCAUCCUAGUGGACGUAUAUCCCUUGAAGAUACCAACGAACUUGGUAAAACGUCUAAAUCCAAGUCCAACUUCUUUGUGAGGUUCCUAACCUCAUCCUCAUCUUCCUUUGAUUCUACUCAAGCAAAUUGUUAUUACGAUGAAAACGGUAAAGUCGAAGACUCCAUAUACUCUGAAGUUAGGGCUUCCGUUCCUCCCACUGACGAUUACUCUAAACCCGUGAAUACUUGGAGAACUUGGGUGCUUACUACCCUUUUUGUCAUUGUAUUUGCCGCUGUCAACCAGUUUUUCAGUUUACGUUACCCUUCUCUUAGCAUCAGCUUUAUCGUUGCCCAAAUUUUAUUGUUUCCUCUUGGCAAACUUUUAAAUUUGCUUCCAAAUUGGAAAAUCGGUUACCGUCGGUUCUCCUUUUAUCUCAAUCCCGGUCCCUUUAAUACAAAAGAACAUGCUACCAUCACCAUUGCAGUCUCUUUGACUUCUUCCACCGCUUAUGCAACAAACAUCUUAUCUGCACAGACGAGCUUUUACAACCAAGACCUCUCUUGGGGCUACAAAAUCCUUGUUGUGCUGACUUCUCAGAUGCUUGGUUACGGCUUUGCUGGCCUCACCAGGCGCUGGAUUGUCUACCCUGCCAGCAUGGUUUGGCCGCAGACGUUGGUUAGCGCCGUCCUAUUUCGAACUCUUCAUGGCGAUGCCGGUAACGAAAUCGGUGAAACACAAGACGGAAACACUACUGCUAAUGGUUGGUCGAUCUCUCGUUAUCGUUUUUUCGCCUACAUUUUCAUCGGUGCUUUUGUUUUCUACUGGUUUCCUGGUUUUAUUUUUACAGCGUUGUCCUACUUUACUUUCUUAUGCUGGAUCUGGCCUAAAAAUCGCGUAGUGAAUCAGCUCUUUGGAUACAAUUCAGGUCUUGGUAUCGUUCCUGUCACUUUUGAUUGGCAGCAAGUUGUAUACAAUUCUAAUCCUUUGGCUUCCCCUUGGUGGGUCAUUAGUAACACCUUUGGCUCUGUCGUUCUUAUCUUUUGGAUUGUCGUCCCCAUUUUGUACUACAAGAGUGUUUGGUUUUCCAAUUACUUGCCUAUGCUUUCUUCCUCUACAUAUGACAACACUGGUAAAACCUUUAAUUCUUCCCGAGUUUUAAACUCUGAUUUGUCGUUUGACCAAUCAAAGUAUGAGUCCUAUUCUCCUUUGUACAUGCCCAUGUCCUAUAGCAUGUCUACUGCAUUGAACUUUGCUGCCGUCACUUCCGUCUUUACCCAUUGUAUAUUAUACAACGGCAAGGAUAUUUGGCAACGCCUUCGUGAUGAACGCGGAAAGUUUGAGUGUGUCCAUCGAAAACUAAUGCGCAAUUAUCAAGAGGCUCCUCAGUGGUGGUAUCUGGCUUUAUUUAUUAUUACAUUCGGUUUAUCUAUUUUUACGAUUCAAUAUUACGAUACACAAUGUCCGGUAUGGGCUUUUAUUGUUGCAAUGCUUAUAUUUAUUAUAAAUUUCAUUCCUCAAGGUAUCCUUGAGGGUAUCACGAAUCAGCAUGUUGGUCUCAACAUCAUCACCGAGCUAGUUGGAGGUUAUAUGUUACCGGGGAGACCUGUAGCAAACUUGAUGAUCAAGCUUUAUGGCUUCAUCCCCAUGAGACAGGGACUAGAGUUCUCAAGAGAUUUGAAACUGGCUCAAUACAUGAAGGUUCCGCCUCGUAUAUUGUUCUACGUCCAAAUCUUCGCUACUGUCCUUGGUGGUGUUACGCAGGUGGUUGUUCAAGAAUGGAUGCGUUUUCACAUUAAAGAUAUAUGCACUCACAAGCAGAGUGAUGGCUUCACGUGUCCGAAUGGACGUUCCAUUUAUAAUGCUUCAUUGAUUUGGGGAGCUAUCGGCCCGGAAAAACUGUUUUCCAAAGGAAAACCAUAUUAUCCUUUACUUUACUUUUUCUUAAUCGGUGCAAUAGCUCCAUUUUUUACAUAUGUGCUGUACAAGAAAUUCCCAAAAUCCUGGUAUGGUAAACUUAAUGCCCCAGUCUUCUUCACUGGACCAGGAAACAUUCCUCCUGCUACGGGUAUCAAUUACUCGUCUUGGGCUAUUGUAGGAUUCGUUUUCAAUUUCGUGAUCCGCAAAAGAGCUGUACAUUGGUGGACAAAGUACAAUUACGUGUUAGCUGCGGCGCUUGAUGCAGGCGUAGCAGUUGCUGGCGUUGUUAUUUUCCUUUGUGUGUCCUAUCCUGGGGGAAGCUUAAACUGGUGGGGAAAUUCCGUAUACAAGAAUACAUACGACUGGAAGAGCAUGCCUUACCGUUCUGUGGGUCCAAACGAAACAUUUGGUUAUAGCAACUGGAGUUGAGCAUCUUCGUUUCAAGCAUAAAGGUAUGAUUAAUGAGACGCACAACUGGUGUAUGUGUGUCGGUGUGUAAUUAAUACAAAUAAUGUGAACAUUUAUAUUGUACAAUACAAGAUUUAGCUAGCAAUUUAUCGUAUCUUAACAAACAUAAUCAGAAUUUUGUUAGAUGCCAAAUCAUAGAUAGAUAAUUUAAUUUUGUUAUGUUAUGUUUUCGAUUUUCUUUACAACAUGCGUUCAAGAAGCUAGGAACUUGUUAAAAUUGAAGGAUGCUUUCGUUUGUCG